CAGGGUUGUGGUGUGUGUGUGAGAGUGAGUGUGGAUGCAAAUGUGUCCUCCCAGUGUGGAGCUACCAGAUUGCAGGUGCAGUCUGCCACAGGAAAGAUUCAUCCCCAGCUCGAGUUCAGGGCUGAUCCUCGCCUGACAUUCGGCGGCUGGUGGAUGGAACCGCUGCGUUAGCCGGCAGUUCUCAAGCUCUGCGCUGCAACAGACCAACUCCAUGGCGGGCUGCGGAGAUUUGUGCAUGACCCAAAUGAGAGGGGAUCAGCAGCAGCAGCAGCAGCAGCGCUAUGGGGUACGAUCCUACCUGCACUUAUUCUAUGAGGACUGCACUGGCUCAAUGCUGGAGGAUGAUGAACCGGAUGAGCUGAACAGGCAGCGCUCCUCCAGUGGCUGGCGGUCAGCCCUCUGGAAGGUGGGUCUGUCAGCAGGGACCAUCCUUUUCCUCGUUGGCCUAGCAACAGUCACUACUGGUUACCUGGUGCCCCCGAAGAUCGAAGGUAUCGGGGAGGCUGAUUUCCUCGUGGUGGACAGGCGUGCCAUCGAGUACAAUGAGGCGCUGGAGGUCAGCAAGCUGGUGGGCGCCAUCCUUUUCAGCGUGGGAGGAACAGCAAUUGCAGCAUGCAUUCUGGUUCUGACCCUUUCCAGGCAUCCCCCCAAAGAUGAAGAGAGACAAUUUUCACCCAUCCUGAAACGAGGCCCACCUGAAACAAAGCACAAAAUGUCUCUAACAACUGGGUCACCAGGGGAUGCCCAAAUCCCUGUUAGCUUGUCAAGAGUACAGAGUAUCCAACCCAAAACGGGAACCUGAGGGACCAGUGCCUAAGCCCUUUAUGAAACAGGUCUCCUUUAUAAUGUGAAUUCCAGUGUGAAGUCUUAAUCAAAUGGUCCCACUUCCAUAGAUUGGCUUUAAGAGGUGAUUCCUUACUGAUGUGAAAAGAUUUCUGGCUGAUCUGAAUAUUUAGGGCCCCAGCCCUUUCCUAACCCAAAAUCCUGCAUUUUACUUAUCCAGGGGUGUUUCAUUUGAAGGUCUAUAUCAGUAAAACCUGCCACCUUGAGUCUUUUCCUGUCCUCUUGUGCAUUUCUAAUUUCCAUCACUCCACCACUGACACUCAUUCCUUCCACUGCCUGUGCUAAUGCUGGUAAUCUGAAAGUGCUGGAGAAACUCAGCAGGUCUGACAGCACCUGAAAGAGAGAAAUAGAGUUAACAUUUUGAGUCUAAUAUGACUUUUCUUCACAACGUGAAACAUUAACUCUGUUUCUCUUACUACAGAUGCUGCCAGACCUGCUGAGUUUCUCCAACAUUCUCUGUUCUUUUUUCUCCUAAACCCUGGACUUCCCUUUCUAAAAAUCUCCACAUACCUUUGUUGCUUUACAACAUUGCUUUAAAAUCUACCUCAUGGGCAAAGUUUUCAAGCACCUGUCCUCAUAUCUCCUUAUGUGCCUCAGUGUUCAAUCUUGUUGCAA